AUGGCUGCUCCAACAACUGGUGUCGCCAUCAUCGGCGCAGGCCUCUCCGGCCUCACUCUCGCCCUUGCCCUCCACCGCCAAAACAUCCCAUGUAUACUCUAUGAAUCUCGAGAAGCCUCCCUCGACAUUGGGGGCGCCAUCAUGCUCUCCCCCAACGCCCUCAAGAUCCUCGACGCCCUGGGCAUCUACGACAAGAUCGCACCCCUUGGAUACCAUUUUGAGGAACUCUACUUUCAUUCAGACGACGAUAAGCCCGUCGAUACCUUUGAAUUCGGCUCUCAGACCAAGCACGCAUACAAAGCCCUCCGCAUCUACCGCUACGAGCUCAUCAACGUCCUCGUGUCCAUGGUCCGCGACGCCGGCAUCCCCGUCCAGUACAACAAGAAGUUCACCCACGUCGUCUCCUCUUCCUCUUCCUCCGUAACUUGGGCCUUUGCGGAUGGAUCCUCCGCCACCGCAAAGCUACUCGUCGGCGCCGACGGCAUCCACUCUCGUGUCCGCAAGCACCUGUACCCAGACCUCGUCCCCAAGUUCACCAACAUGAUCGGCGUUACCGCCGUCGUGCCCCGUGAGCAGCUCCAGGCCGGACCCGACUAUCCCCUGCCGGUCACCAUUAUGAGCCCCAAGCACGGCGCCUUUGUCAUUGCCCCACAGCGCGCCGACGGCUCGGAAGUCCUCAUCGGGAAGCAACGGCGUCUCCAGCAAGAGUACGACCGCGCCGGCUGGGAUGAGCUUAUGGAAAACAAGACUUGGUGUGUCGAUUUUCUACGCGAAGGAAGUGCCGAUUUCCCUCCCAUCGUGGCCAAUGCCGUGACCGACAUCCCGCUCAAGGGAAUUAACCUGUGGCCAUUCUAUCUCGUCCCCAAGCUGGACACCUGGGCCAAGGGCCGCGUCGUCAUUCUCGGUGAUGCAGCCCAUGCAAUCCCUCCCACCGCCGGCCAGGGCGUGAACCAGGCAUUCGAAGACGUCUAUACCUUCGCCGGUGUUGUGGCCAGGGUGAGAGAUCAGAAACAAUCCGAGGACGACGAACAAGAUGCCGUCCGCAUCUCCAAGGCGCUCAAAAACUGGCAGCUGGGACGACAGGCUCGCGUGGACCUGGUAUUGGAUCUGAACGACAAGCUAAACAAGAGACGGUUGCCAGAUGCAGUCAAGGCUGGCGUCUUUGAGCCUUUUGACAUGGAUUGGCUGUAUGGCGUGGAUUUUGAUCAAAUGAUUGCCGAGUGGGCGAGCUGA